UGCAUCAGUGUGGGACCGCGGAGACUUGUCCGUCUGAGAACCACGUGGGUGGGUGUGAGAAGGUGUUAAUGACUGUGGCACCGAUCACCUCAGCGUGUAGCGUAGGUGACCUUUCCUUGGCCGAGCUGAAAGGCGCAGAGGAGUGUAGAGAAGGCGGCGCUGGUGUGGCCUCCAGGUGGGGAGGGGUCACACAACAAGGGGGCGGGGGUCGCGGGCGGCGUGGGCGGGUCCUCGCCGCCCACGUCCCAGCAGGCGGCGCCCCAGGGUCUGGUGCACUGGAUGAGCGUCAUGGCGGAGCACAUGAACAACCCCCACCAUGAUGCCGUGCACUACAUGUGGAACGGCGUGGAGAGCAAAAUGAAUGCCACACCUGACCAAAAACAACUCCUCACCCAUGCAUAAAGCAUUACCAAGUCCAAGACGACCAGUGCGUGAUAGCGACAAGGAAGAUGUUGUCGAAGGAUGGCCGCGACGACCUCUGCCUUAUGGACUUGAUUGGCAGCCUCCUGAAGGUCACCCCAACAACCUAGACGACCGGCUGGAUGGGCGGGGGCUCGAAAUCCCGCACAACAUGGCGCCUGCGUCCCUCUACGCCCGCAGUAACGGGUCGGCGUCGUCCGCCUCACCGCCCACGGUGUCCACGCCCUCCAUGCUCAUCGUCCCUCAGCCCAUCAAUGCCGCCAAGAUGCCGCCCACACCUCCAGGCAUCGGACAGAACCCGCCCAACAAUGGAUCAGCCAGAAAGUACCAGUGCAAGAUGUGUCCACAGAUCUUCGGGAGCAAAGCAGACUUGCAACUCCAUACUCAAAUCCACAUGAGAGAGGCCAAGCCUUACAAGUGUUCUCAGUGUUCCAAAGCCUUCGCCAACUCCUCAUACUUGUCCCAGCACACACGCAUCCACCUGGGAAUCAAGCCCUACCGCUGUGAGAUUUGCCAGCGCAAGUUUACGCAACUGUCUCAUCUGCAGCAGCACAUUCGCACCCAUACGGGCGACAAGCCUUACAAGUGCCGCCAUCCGGGAUGUAACAAGGCUUUCAGCCAGUUGUCCAACUUACAGAGCCAUUCCCGAUGUCAUCAGACUGACAAGCCAUACAAGUGUAACUCUUGUUACAAGUGCUUUGCGGACGAGGCCUCCCUCUUGGAGCACAUUCCCAAACAUAAGGAGAGCAAACAUCUCAAGACUCACAUUUGCCAGUAUUGCGGCAAAAGCUACACCCAGGAGACUUACCUGCAGAAGCAUAUGCAGAAACAUGCUGAACGACCAGACAAGAGGCCUUCCCUCACAGCCCAUGGCAUUCGACAAGAUAACCCAUAUUGGUCCAAGCCAGACUCCACCGCCCUUGAAUCCAUGGACAGCCGCAUGUCGGAGACCUGUCUUCAAAACUCUCUAGAUCCCACCCGCCACCUGGUUUCCCGCGAGCACCUUGACCACCGCCCCGAGGAGCUCCGCCACACCCCCGCCCACAUGCCAGCUUCCAACAUGUCCUACGACGCUAUUGCCACCAAAACGUCGUCAGCAUUCACACCGAUCCAGACGAGUAUGUUGCCCAUCAGUGGCGGCACACAGCUGUCCAUGGCGUCAUCUUCACAGCGUUACUUCCCCUACGAGCCCAUCAGUUUUCCCAAGACGCACACACAGAUGCCCUCCAUGGACGUCAAACCCAAUCAGUUCCCCAACCAGCUCAUCUCACUCCACCAGAUCCGUAAUUAUGCCCACCAGCCCACUAUGAGCUCCGACCUGCUCCUCAAGGACAAGGGUGUUACUCAAUAGUGUGUAGAGUGGAGCGCGGGCCUCAACCAGGCCCCGACGUCGACUGGGAGUGGGCCGCGUCCGGCGGCCUGCGACUCAGGCGCUUCCCUACGGUGCUGGGGCCGCAGUGUGUGGACCGAGCCAGUAGGAGGGGCUGAAUACAGGGUAUUGAUGGCACGGGGCAGGGGCACGGGAGAGGGCGCCGCCUGGCAGCAGCAGCAGAAGCAGCUGUGGCCACCACUCCCAGCGAGAGCCCAGUGACGAGUUGUGAUACGUGCCUGGUGAUAGCUGGACGAGGUCUGAAAGACAAGUCGCCUGACUCUAAGGAACGCUCGCUUAGCAGGGAAACGUUAGUGUAAAUGUGCAAUAACCACACUAAAACGCAUGACGACAAGCAUGUCGUAGGAACUGCUUCUCACGUAUGUUUGUGAAGAUUGGUACAGUUAAGGACUGGCCGGUACGGUUGUGGAGGUGUGAGGAACUGGAGAGGGAUGGGGACGAGUGGAGUUAAGGCGAGGUGGUGGUAGUGGAGCUCUGGACUCCCACUUGUAGCACCAACAGCACCUACAGCAACAAACAGCAGCCGAGUGCUGUCCCGUACAAACCCACCAGAAUACAGUUCACGUUCCUCUUCACUGUUACAGUGAGCAACUCUCCGAUAUCGUGAUAGCUAAACAAGCAAUACUGUUACUAGUUAUGGUGCCUUCCACCAUCCAUCGAAACCCAUAGAAUUCCCCAACAAUUUUUUUUUUCUUUAACCGUAGCACAAAACAGUUUAAUUUACUCUCAAACACUAUACGGGAUUUUCUACAACAAUGUUGUAUUUUCAUAUAUUUAGUUCUCUAUUACUUGUCACUUGUUGCUGUUUUCCACUAAGCGUCCGGACUUGCUCAGUGGCGGCGGAUGGACCCGGCCACCGGCACCAUAUUAUUCACAAACCAGAGCAUCUUCUGUCCCUUGUGAUAAUGUAUUUAACAUGUCUCACUGAACACGCCGGGACGCCAGUAUAGUUUUUUUUUUUCUAAUAUGUUCUACCUCUAAGAGUAUAGACGGUUCCAGAUUACAUUUUUUUUUUUCAGUACCUUACAAAGUUUCUGCCAGUUGGCCCCCUGUCCUCGGGUCUCUCGGCCCUGGCGUCUGGCAAGGUCUCCCCCUCCCCCCCCGAGUCCCUACUGCUUGGACAAGGACUCUUAACCCUAAACCUCGUUGCCCACGAUGACUGCCCUGCGAAACUCGCGGGCAGUGCUAACCUCCUCCAUCCAGGAAGUAUACGAUUAUUUCUACGUUUGUCUCGUGUGUGCAUCAGAUAAAGUCUGAAGUCUCUAGUAGUUGCAGAUUCCCCAUAAUGAAACAUAUGGGUCUUAAGAAGAGCUUCUGGCAGACUCAAAAAUAUGUGUUUUUUAAAGACUCACUUUAGAUACUGUUAGUCUAUUGAUUUAUUUUUUCUCCGACCAAACCAGUGUUUGAGACCGAUUUGACGGCUCGGCAUUCGGAAGACUGUAGAUUUCCGGUGAAUCCUGCCAGGGGUUCACUUCUCAUGAUGUUCAAUUCUCAGACCUCACUUGAGUCGACUUUGUAAAGGCAAUCAGGGGCCAAGCAUCAAAACUCCACGUGUUACAGUAAACAGCACUUCCCGAUAAUCUACAUUCUUCCGCCAACACUUACAGGUACUUAACACUUUGACUUCAGAAUCUAAGGACACUACUUUUGUAUGCUGCAAAAGUUCUGUAUUAUGCAUGGGUAGAAGGUUAUGAAAAAAAAAAGUACUUAGUAGGGUACAUAGCUAAUAACGACUCGUUACUCUGUUUCCUUUUUGUACUUACGACUAUAGGGAGUGAAAUAAUAGGAUAAUGUUGGUUCGUUUUUUUCUAUAUAUUUGCAUGGAUAAAUAGACUAGCAACAUCUUCUGUCGUAUAUAUUACGAAAAAAUAACGUGAUGUUCAUAGACAAAGAUGGCUUAAAAAAAAAAAAAAGUUGUCCGAGUGGAUGUGUGAGUGCGUUGAAGGAGAGUUGGGAGACGAUGUACUCUUGCCCACCGCCGCGCUGUGGUAGGCAACAGCAUCCUUGGGGCCGCAUUGUGGACACGCGCUGAGGCUGAGCCGCGCCAACAUGUCAAAGUUUCUCAAUGCAUUGGUCUGAUGGGAGGCUAGCACCGGAAUUUUAGCUCAUUAAAAUACAAGAUUUACGCCGAUAAAUUCGCACAUUAGUCAGCUCUGCCACAGCCUUCCGGAUCUUCCAUACGGCCCUUAGAAUGUGAGUCAUGAGUGAUAUUUUGUACAGUAGCCGCAGUGAAGUCCAACCUCCCCAGAUGAUAUUAUUGUAAGUGAAACUUUACAUCAAAAUGUGUUUGCUCAACAUAGCUACUUGUUCGUUUGGCACGUUAAGAAUGUUUGUGUUAUUGUUAAUUGAAGUGUUGACUGUUAUAAACGGCUCACAAGUCACACUUGAGGGGGGUUCUCGUACUCGAUCCGGCCAGCCCAGCCCAUUGGUCUUGCGGGGGGGACGGGAGCCCCAUCGGCCCCGCCCCGCCCUGGCAAGCCGUGGCCGCGGUGGUUGAGUCGGGCACCAGAGUUCCUCUUUCUGGGGAGCCUCUGUAAAGCUAAAAGUCCAGAGCCUCAGUUGGACUCUUUUAAAUGUCCAUCCUGUAACACUGCAGAGCGUUCAGCCAAGUGAGCAAUCCAUCCCUCAGAGCUGUCCUUAACUCUGAGGGAACCCGGAAGCUCUUGAGAGAAGAGCGAAAGCUUCCUAACCAACCCUCCUCGCCCUCAGUCACCCACCGCACCCUUGUUAUCCAGGUCGUACACGCACGAUGAACGACGCAAAAUUAUAUUAUUUCAGUUGUAUUAGCAAUUAGGUUAUUACAGGCUUAUAAAAACACUUCAAAAACAUAAAAUUCAAGACAGCCACCUUUACUGCAGGUUGAAGGAACAGUAAACAUUUACACAAUGGACACUUAGUGGCUUCCAAGACGAGAUCUUUCUGUAUAAAAGACCUUUGUUUAACCUUUGCAUCUCUUCUCACUCCUUUCCCUGCAAUCCACUUCACUUUUUUCACACUAUUUUUUUUUCCCUCUCACGUUCGAUCUAAGGCUCUGGACUAGCAAGGCUCACCCGCUCGUCCUCGCAGUAUGGGUGAUCGCUGCGUGCAUGGCUUAACUGAAACCUUCAAGAGCUUUUUUUGUUGAGUCAAAACAAUCGGUGUCAACCCUGUGAAUUCAGCCUGUGUUGUCCCCUCUCCUUGCCAAUGAUGUGUCUGUGUCUGCUUGUAGCCCUGUGUAUGUGUCCGACCCUCUCCCUCUCUACCUUUUUUUUUUUUUUUAUCCUCCUCAUAACCUCCUUUGCUGCGUACCUUGUCUUCCCAGCUGUCUUAAGUUUUGGCGGCUUGGCCAUGGCCUUUACCACCGGCCAUCAUUUCGGCAGCCCGGACCGGGAUAUAUCAUACUUCAGCCUCUCGCCCGCCCAAGCGCGGCUCCCAGCGUGACGUUUGUGUAUCCAGCUUUGAGUCCGUUCGUUCAUAAUUCAUUGUGACAGAGUACUUGAAAUAUUUCUUUUUGCGAACGAAAUAGUUACAUUAUGGUUUAUAGGAGUCGUCACAGUAAUGUUCUGUUACUGACACACAUUCAUACUGAAAGGGGCGCCUAGUGAGGUGUGACUACUUGAGCUUGAAGGUGACUGGUGUGCUGAACGGAGCAGCGGCCAGGGAUCAAGUGCGUCCUUUGCCUGUUUCAGGUUCCUUCUCGCUACCUACAGUGUGUAACGCUGUCUAAAUUGCCUAAGCUUAGUUCUAAGGCGUGGUCCACCUCGCCGCCCAGUCAGCUCUAGACGGCCUCGGAAUACCGUUGAAGGUGCAAACGGGUGCACAUCGCGGAGACACCUGGCGGCGGCAGCAGCAGCCGCCUAGAUUCUCCCGGUCACACAGUUGUUGACAGUUCCAGUGAGUCUAUGAUCAGGGCAUCUGAUGCCGUUCAGAUGAAAAAAAAAAAAAUAAAUAAAUAAAAAAAAGAGGUAAUCGCUUGAUGUGCAUAAGCUCGGGCAAACUAGACUGCCAGGCCAGAGAGUACUACUAAAGUUGCCCCAAGGACACCACGAGCAGUGAGCAGUACGUGCGUCCUCACGCUGCCCAGUAUCUGGAACUUAAGUUAAACUGAAGGGAAAAGAAAAAAAAGAUGUUUGCUAUGGUGCUGCGUCCCCGUUCCUGGUUGGUUAUCAUUUGUUAUCCAGAUGUUGCAUUUUAGUACCGAGUUUACCGUCGUUUCACACGUUUCCGUUGUCAAAAGGUGAGGGCGAAAACAGUCCUCACCCUUUUAGGCUGUUGAGAAAGAUUACAAAUGGUUUCGUUGCCCUACUGCGGUAGUGGAGUGUAGUACAAAGUAGGCCGAGUAAGAUUAAGCUUAGAUUUAACAUGUUAAUUGGUGGAAGGAUCUUUCUCAAUGAGCACAGACCCAGGAUUAUUUUCUUGACACAAGAGUCGGGUGGUGCAGUGUCGACGCUCUCACCUCCAGUAUCCAUGACACUUGGCUAAGUCCGCACGUCCCCCCUCCCCCCGUCGCUGGGGACCAUUUUUACAGGGUAUUUUUAUUCUAUUAUUGACUCUGUACCCACCCCACUACUACCUCCACCCUCGUGUAUCUCGCUUGUGCGUGAAACAGACACGCUCAGUGUUGCCUGGGAUGCCACUUCCCAUUUUCUGUAGUUAUAGACCAUUUUUAUUCGUUAUAUUUUAUUGCUCUCCUGCCCUUUGUGUGCCCCGCUUGGUCGAUGCUUGUUUGCAGAUGAAAGGAUGGAAGUUGUUUUUAAAAUCACAUCUCCUUGUAGUAAUAUUCGUAGUGACCAUAGUUUUUUUUUUUUCCUCUCUAUAUAUCUCUCCCUCUAUCAAAUUUGUGAUAGCGCAACCUCGUUAUAUACAUAGUGUUAUGUUAAAGGGGAUGAUACCACGGUGGAGACAACCUCGAGCACGGGGACGAGCUGGGCUGCAAGUUAUGCGCACUGAAUGUAUUGUAAUAUAGUUCUAUUAACUCUUGUGUUCCUGAAGGGUUAAGAAUGGUGGAGCUGUUGUCGUUUCUGUACAAUUAUGUUUGUUCAGUCUUGUAAGCAUUAACUGUUUAUUGUGUUGAUGAAAUUUUUUUUUUUGUUAAUUAUAUUCUUGAAAAGGAGAAGAUUAAGAUUCAAAUAGUACAUGAAAUUCUGCAAAGAUGCCAUGUAAUACAAAAAAUAAACGGAAAUAAGGGGCCUUUUAGAGCAUAACAAUAAUUGUAACUGAUUUGCAUAACAAAUCUCAGUGUAGGAUUCUGAGUAGAGGUUUAUUAUUAUUGUUAUUAUUAUUAUUAUUAUUAUUAUUAUUAUUAUUAUUAUUAUUAUUAUUAUUAUUGGUAUAUUUAUAAUUAUUGUCAUUAUUAUUAUUAUUAUUAUUAUUAUUAUUAUUAUUAUUAUUAUUAUUAUUAUUAUCAUUAUUAUGAUUAUCAUUAUUAUUAUUAUUAUUAUUAUUAUUAUUAUUAUUAUUAUUAUUAUUAUUUGACGCUGUAUAUUUACCCUUGUUAUCCUGUUUAUCACUAUUAUAUCACUGUAUCAUGAUUAUCACCACUAGAGGGCACAGGUGCGGCAGUGACUGUACAUUAUAGCACCGUCUGUACGUAGGUGUGCCAUUAGAGGUCUUGCUACUUUGUUCUUUAUUUUUGUUGGAAUUUAUUUUUCUUCCUGGUAGGAUUGGGAACAUGGUUUAUUGUCAUUACUAUUAAAAUUAUAAUUACCAUAGCGUUCAGGUCAUCCCAUAGGCGUUUCUGUCUUUCUCUCUAUCUCAGUUCUUACUAUUUUACACUCUUAUUUUUUUUUCCUUUAAUUUUAAUUUGUGUUUUUAGAAUAAUUAAAAUCACCCAUGUA